AUGCAUGACAGUACAACAAGUAAUUUGGAUGAGGGCAUCAAUAAGUCUCUUGAUUGGAUUCCUCGAAUAGGUAUGCAAUUUGAUACAGUAGAUGCUGCAUUUCAAUUUUGGCGUAAGUACGGAGGUCGAACUGGUUUUGGGGUUCGAAAAGUGUAUGCAAAUAAGAGUCGAAUAGAUGGACAAAUUACUAUAGUUAGAUUUGUGUGCUCAAAAGAGGGUAAUCGAGUAGCAGAUAAACGAGAUCAUCUAACAAAGAACCCUAGAGCAGAAACAAGAACAAACUGUCUUGUACGAUUGGGACUGCAAUUCAAUAGAGAAAGUAGCAAGUUUGAGGUUCAUGAUUUUGUACAUGAGCAUAAUCAUCUUCUGCAUACUCCAGAAACGUGUCACAUGAUUCUAUCUCAACGGAAUCUAACAGAUAGCCAAGCUAUUCAUAUUGAUUUUGCAGAUGACUCUGGACUUAAACCAAAGGCUGCACACCAAUUUUUCAGUCAACAAGUUGGUGGGAAGGAAAAUCUUGGAUACAUUGAAAGAGAUCAAAUAAAUUACUUAAGAAGUAAGCGGCAAAAGGAUAUGGCAUAUGGAGAAGCAGGCAGCCUCCUUAUAUAA